UUGCCACAAAGAAAUUGGCGCUUUUCAGGUGGAUUGCUGUUUGCUCCAAAAUACAUUCAAAUUGCUGCUUAUUUACCUACCAAGAAAAUUUAUGGCUUUGGCGAGCACCUUCACAACACUCUCAUGCAUAAUUUAACAAAAUACGUGACAUGGGGAAUGUUGGCGCGUGAUCAACCUCCUGACGCAUAUAGACCACAACAAAAUCUGUACGGCGUGCAUCCGUUUUAUUUGGCUCUGGAAAAUGAUGGUAAUGCGCACGGAGUACUCAUCUGGAACAGCAACGCACAAGAAGUAACUCUUGGUCCAUGGCCGCAUCUUGUCUAUCGGACGAUUGGCGGCAUGCUCGACAUCACAUUCUUUCCCGGCCCGAAGCCAGAGGAUGUCAUUAAGCAGUAUCUCACUUUCAUCGGAAAGCCCUAUCUUCCGGCUUAUUUUGCAUUCGGCUUCCAGCUUUGUCGGUAUGGAUAUACCGGUCUGGAUGAAAUGAAAGCGGUGGUGAGCAGAGUACAAAAAGUUGGUGUACCACUUGAUGUUGUAUAUGCGGAUAUCGAUUAUAUGGAACGAUACACCGAUUUCACUGUUGGAAAAGAAAAAUGGAGUGGAUUUGGGAAUUACACGCGAAAACUUCACAAAGACGGUUUACACGUAUUUCUGAUCUUCGAUCCAGCUAUACAAGUCACUUCCAACUACACGCCAAUCGUGGACGCCUUGAGUAUGGGUGCAGGCUUUAUUGAAUGGGAAACAGUGGACCAAGAAAAUCCAGAUGUGCAAAAGCUGUAUCCAUUAGUGCAGAACACAACGAUCAUGCUGGCAGUUGUUUGGCCGGAUUGGCAUGUUGCAUUCCCAGACUUCUUCAAUGAACUUACCGUAGAAUGGUGGAUUGAGCAAUUCAAGAAGUUGCACAAUGAACAGGUUUUUUGACA